AUGGUCAUAUGUGCGGCAACCUACAGGAUAUGGACUCGCACUCUCUGCACCAAGUCUUCGGCCGAAGUUGCGACGGUUCUCGGUGAGCUCUUGGAUGAGAUUUCGCCCAGUGUCUGUCUGGUUGACGGUGGAAAAGAAUUCGCCAAUUUGCUUGUACGUGGAAUGUUUGUGGCCAGAGGCAUUCAGCUGCUGAUGUUGCCUCCAUUCUCGCCCAAUUUGGCCUUCUACGAACGCUGUCACAAGGAGUAUCAAAAUGGGUUGAGAGCCAUGCUGUUGGAGACCAACUCACCGGCUUGCUACUGGUGGAAGUUUCACAGCCUGGUCACCCACGCUUACAACAACUCCCCAUUACCUGGCUCCUCUUUAGCUGCUGCUGCUGUCACCCCUAAUGACUUGUAUCUUUCCAAGGGUUCUACAACGUUGCUACCCGGUGGAGCUGCUGAUCGCCCUCUAUCGCCCGCUGCCGAGCACUUCAUUGAGGCGUUUGAGGCUAUUCCCCCCUCCGAGCUGGCCUCUAAG